AUGGCUCAAGGAGAGGUCCAGGAGGAGAGGGCCAAGGAAGAGUCAGAGGACACGACAGAGGAGACGUUCCUCAAAGACCUGUACGUCUUCAUGAAGAAGCGAGAGACCCCCAUAGAGAGAAUCCCAAACCUGGGCUUUAAAAAAAUUGACUUGUUUGUGAUGUACAAGACUGUCAAAGGAUUAGGUGGCUAUCACCAGGUUACUGCCCAGCAGUUGUGGAAACAGGUGUACAACACACUGGGAGGAAACCCACAUAGCACCAGUGCGGCCACCUGCACACGCCGACACUAUGAGAAGCUCCUCCUGCCGUACGAGUGCGGCGCGAAAGGCGAUGAACUACUGAGCGCCAUACCGCCGCAUCAGCUAAAACACUUCACUUACACCGACUUAUGCAAGGCAGACGAUGGCCAGCAGCCAACCAAACGCAGGGCUUUACUACACCAUAACACUCGAGGCCUCUUAUCGGACUCACGAGUGGGGGUGAUACCACUGACUGUCCCCCAUUGCCCUCAAUAUUAUUAUCCAGACUGCCAAGUUCUUUCCACUUAUGGCCCUAUAUCAUCAUUAGAGAGAACCCCACACACGCCCCCAGUGCUGCAGUCCCAACAUCCUUACUGUCUGUCCCCUCAAAUCUCAGAUGAGAGGGUCAAGCAGCCACUGGAGCACUUAAGAUACCUGGCAGAGCAGUACAAGUCUUUGUCUGGUUUGACUGAGCCUCUAAACCUUAGCCUGAAAGCAUCAAGACCAGAGACAAAUGAUCCCCCAACUUCAUCAUUCACCUCACCUACACCCAGCAAGAACCCCAAGUUUUUGAAUAAACCCUCUCCUCUGUACCCUGCCGAGGGAACAGUGAAAAAUCAGGGACAGAAAACACAGGGAGAUGAAAGACAUGUAGGAAUGUAUUUUUCUGUUACCCCAUACUCAAACCCUGUGAAACCUGGCGAGGACAACCCCAUCAACAUCAAAUCCACCCCCUCAACCUCUUCCAGGAGCUCCACAUCUGUCUCUGCCUCAACUUUGAGAACAGACACUACAAGCCCUACUCAAAUGGUGUGCAGCAAGGAGAGCACUUCUAAAAAGGCCCACAUACCAAGAAUUUUAAAAUUCACACAAGAAGAUAGAGAGGGGAGCUCUAAACUAAGCCAAAGCAAAUUCAGUCAUGAGAUGCUCAGGCUUCAAGGUGAGAAUGGGGGCAAGAUGGACAUUCAGAUACCAGUGGCUCUGUUGCAUGACUGGAUCAGGCUGUGUGGGCCCUCGGCCACUGUGUAUGAGGCAAACCAACCUGAAAAAUCGGACACAAGAGAAAAUAAUUGGUCUAACUCAGACAUAUUCCCCACCAAACGAUCCGUUCAUCACAGAGACCAUAACUGCAGCACAGCCACUCAAGAUCACUGCCGGAAACAGAGGCCUGAGACAAGUCAAACACCAACCAACCCAAGAAAUGGUGAUUGCUAUAAUAUGGACCCCUACGAUUUCUCAGUGAAUCGGAAGGAAUUUCACAAGUCUGGGAAUUCCAAACCUUCGUAUGCCUGGGAUAUCUAUGACAGAGACAACCCAGCUCUGCCCAUCCAAUUAGAAACUGAGUCUGCACCCUUAGCCAUUGAGCAAGGCUUUUUAAGCUCUCGAUCCCCAGCAAUCAAAAAUGACAGACGACAGGGAGAAGAAGAGAGUCCUGGGCAGGGUCCCUCAGCUGUACUAAUGGUAAACUCCUCUGACUCUCUGUUGUGUCUCACCAACGAACAGUUUGUCAAGCUGAAGAGAAUAAUCUCCAGUACAUGAUGAGUUUCUAAUUCAAGGCUUCAUAAAGGAAGAUGGCGGCGUGAACUCACGUUUGCAGUGGCUUCACCCAGUACCGACUAUGCACUGUCUUUGUCCUACGUCUAAGUUUGUGUCGCUUGUGAAGUUUUUAUUUUGAGCUUAGAUUUUUAUUUUUUUUUCGUUUAAUGGCUGGGACAGCUAGCAUUGGAUCGGCUGAGAGAGCUUGGUCUGCCCCGUCCAGUAGGCCCAAGGACCACGGCCUUGCCUGGAGCCGCGCCCGAAAUGGAAGCACCGAGGGCGUUCUGAUGGGACGAGGAAGCAGGGCAGGCUAAGUUAACUGCUAGCCCAUGCAGACUGGCAUUUCCGAUAACAGCGAGGGCGGUCUGGCAGCGGCCUCGCCUAGCGUUGACUGUGUUUUAGUGUCGUCGUGUGGAGUGCGGGGAGGUGUGUCGAAGGUGUUUUGCUGGGAAAGCUGGCGUUGGAUCGGCUGAGGGAGCCUGGUCUGUUGUGUCUGGUGGGC